AUCACACCUCAGAAAAUCUGAAUACACUUCAGCCUCAACUUAUCAAUAAUGACCACUGGAUCUAACACAGCAGGUUUAAUAUUGACCACUGGAUCUAACACAGCAGGUUUAAUAAUGACCACUGGAUCUAACAGAGCAGGUUUAAUAAUGACCACUGGAUCUAACACAGCAGCAGGUUUAAUAAUGACCACUGGAUCUAACACAGCAGCAGGUUUAAUAAUGACCACUGGAUCUAACACAGCAGCAGGUUUAAUAAUGACCACUGGAUCUAACACAGCAGCAGGUUUAAUAAUGACCACUGGAUCUAACACAGCAGCAGGUUUAAUAAUGACCACUGGAUCUAACACAGCAGCAGGUUUAAUAAUGACCACUGGAUCUAACACAGCAGCAGGUUUAAUAAUGACCACUGGAUCUAACACAGCAGCAGGUUUAAUAAUGACCACUGAAUCUAACACAGCAGCAGGUUUAAUAAUGACCACUGGAUCUAACACAGCAGCAGGUUUAAUAAUGACCACUGGAUCUAACACAGCAGCAGGUUUAAUAAUGACCACUGGAUCUAACACAGCAGCAGGUUUAAUAAUGACCACUGGAUCUAACACAGCAGCAGGUUUAAUAAUGACCACUGGAUCUAACACAGCAGCAGGUUUAAUAAUGACCACUGGAUCUAACAGAGCAGCAGGUUUAAUAAUGACCACUGGAUCUAACACAGCAGCAGGUUUAAUAAUGACCACUGGAUCUAACACAGCAGGUUUAAUAAUGACCACUGGAUCUAACACAGCAGCAGGUUUAAUAAUGACCACUGGAUCUAACACAGCAGCAGGUUUAAUAUUGACCACUGGAUCUAACACAGCAGGUUUAAUAAUGACCACUGGAUCUAACACAGCAGCAGGUUUAAUAAUGACCACUGGAUCUAACACAGCAGCAGGUUUAAUAAUGACCACUGGAUCUAACACAGCAGCAGGUUUAAUAUUGACCACUGGAUCUAACACAGCAGGUUUAAUAAUGACCACUGGAUCUAACACAGCAGGUUUAAUAAUGACCACUGGAUCUAACACAGCAGCAGGUUUAAUAAUGACCACUGGAUCUAACACAGCAGCAGGUUUAAUAUUGACCACUGGAUCUAACACAGCAGGUUUAAUAAUGACCACUGGAUCUAACACAGCAGGUUUAAUAAUGACCACUGGAUCUAACACAGCAGCAGGUUUAAUAAUGACCACUGGAUCUAACACAGCAGCAGGUUUAAUAUUGACCACUGGAUCUAACACAGCAGGUUUAAUAAUGACCACUGGAUCUAACACAGCAGCAGGUUUAAUAAUGACCACUGGAUCUAACACAGCAGCAGGUUUAAUAAUGACCACUGGAUCUAACACAGCAGGUUUAAUAUUGACCACUGGAUCUAACACAGCAGGUUUAAUAAUGACCACUGGAUCUAACACAGCAGGUUUAAUAAUGACCACUGGAUCUAACACAGCAGCAGGUUUAAUAAUGACCACUGGACCUAACACAGCAGCAGGUUUAAUAAUGACCACUAGAUCUAACACAGCAGCAGGUUUAAUAAUGACCACUGCAUCUAACACAGCAGGUUUAAUAUUGACCACUGGACUCUGACU